UGAACACUCCCAGCGUUCACGUCAACUCACAAGGAUGUGCUGCUUAGUAGCUCGUCUUCUCGCAGAAGCAAAGCGGACUUGAGAGCGCGGGAUCGGCCGAGAAGUCAGAUUCGUGGGAUACAAAGACACGACUCCUCCAGCGUAGCUGAGAACAUCUCGAAGCUGAUAUGCCGUGAUCGACUACAGCGUCCAGGCCCAGUUUUUUGCCUCAACCACUGUUAUGUCUACCCUUGUUUACCGUCUUUCACUCGUCUUUCUCCAUUUCGUGUUAUAUUCUCGUCCGAUGUACUAGUCCUAAUGGCGCCAACAGCAAUCGCAGAUGUCGAGAUCGACAAGCCUGCCCUCAAUGGAGCUUCCAAAGCCCAGAACGGCCAUGCCAAAGCCACUCAUGUCAAGUUUCCUCUCCAGUCUAAUGGCUCAUUGGACGGCUACAACUUCAAGGACCUAACGCCGUGUAUCGGACGUGAAUUUCCUACCGCCGAUCUCGCCGAGAUGAUCAACGCCCACAACGCUGAUGAACUUCUCGCCGAGCUGGCCCUGACAAUCUGCCAACGUGGCGUCGUCUGGUUCCGCAAACAAGACAACCUCACCAACGACCUGCAAAAGAAGCUCAUCCUCCGCCUCGGCGAGCUCUCCGGCCGCCCCGAAACGUCCGGCCUGCACAUCCACCCGGUGUUGAACAGCGAGGGCGAUGUGGGCGAGAACCGCGAUCCCGAUCAACAAAUCAGCACCAUCAGUUCCAAAUUGUUUACCAAAAUCUACGGCACUCACCCGGAUGCUGCUCUCUGCCAGAAAAAGCAAUCCGCCGAUCAGUGGCACAGUGAUAUCGCUUUCGAGCCUGUUCCCGCAGAUUUCUCGAGUCUGAGAUUGACCGAGUUGCCUAAGACUGGUGGUGACACCCUAUGGGCGAGCGGAUACGAACUCUACGACCGCAUCUCGCCCCCCGUGCAAAAGUUCCUCCAAGGCCUCACCUGCUCCUUCGGCCGGCCGGACUUCAUUGAAGCCGCCAGACGCGGAGGCUUCCAACUCUACGAGAAGCCCCGCGGCGCAGCGGAGAACAUCGGAGGCGAGCUACGCGCCGUCCACCCGGUCAUCCGCACGCAUGCCGUCACCGGCUGGCGCAGCCUGUACCCCGUCGGCCAGCACACGCAAUUCAUCAACGACGUGACGGAGGAGGAGAGCGAGAUGCUGCUCGGGUGGUUUAAGAAGCUGUUGAAGGAGAAUCACGAUUUGCAAGUGCGCUUUCACUGGGAGAAUGCCAACGAUAUUGCGAUUUGGGAUAAUCGCUGCACGUUCCAUUGCGCUACGUAUGAUUUCAUGGGGUUGGGGGAUCGCAGUGGGAACCGGGCUGUGGGGUGUGGUGAGAGGCCGUAUUUUGAUCCGGAGAGCAUGGGUAGGAGGGAGGCGUUGGAGGCGAGCGGGAAGGAGUUUGGGAAGUGGUUUAUGCUUCGAUGAGAUGGACUUUUUGAAAACAGGUACACAGAGUACAGAGCAACGC